UGGCUCUGAUUGCGUCAGCAUUUCUGGAUCGAUCUCGCUCGACGGACGGAAGCCAUUGUGAACCACACCAACGACGGCAAAGACAGACGAAAUAUUUUCACUUUCUCGAAAAGCAUCUUCGAUAUAUUACUGCGAUUACUUUGAGCCUUUCCCAUGCCAGUUAAGAUGAGGCAGUCGAAGAGAAUGCGAUCUCCAGAUCCGAGAGAUGAGGAGAGUUUAGAGAACAGAAGGAGACACAGACGAGAUUCACACAGCAGCGAAAGAGAGAAUAAAUACAGAAAACACCACCAUCAUCACAAGAACAGCGAAGGGCAAUACCUUGAGACAAGGAGCUCAAAUGAAAGACUGGAAAUUAAAGAACUGAAGUUCAGAGAAUACGAGGACGACAGCCGUACUUCCUGUAAUGACAAGAAGAGAGACCAGGACCGGGAGAGAGACAGAGACUGGCACCAUUACAGCAAGUCCUCCGGGAACAGCAGGCGGAGCAGCCGGCACCGACACCGGCACCAUCGCUCACAUCGUCACUCAAACUCGAGGAGCCAUCGCAGGAAAAGAUCCAGGAGUGUUGAGGAUGAUGAGGAGGGGCACCUGAUCUAUCACAAGGGAGACAUGCUGAGAGCAAGAUAUGAGAUUGUGUGCACGCUUGGAGAAGGAGCCUUUGGCAAAGUGGUGGAGUGCAUUGAUCAUUCAAAUGGAGGAACUCGAAUAGCUCUGAAGAUCAUUAAAAACAUUGAGCGCUAUCGAGAGGCAGCACUGUCUGAGGUUGAGGUGCUGGAACAGAUGAACUCACUGGACUGUGACAGACGAUAUGCCUGUGUGCAGAUGCUUGACUGGUUUGAUCACCACGGGCAUGUGUGCAUCGCCUUUGAGCUGCUGGGCUUGAGCACAUAUGAUUUUCUGAAGGAAAAUAACUUUCAGCCCUUCUCUAUCAACCAUAUCAGAUACAUGGCCUACCAGAUCAUCAGAGCAGUGAGAUUUCUUCAUAAGAAUAAGCUGACACACACUGACCUGAAACCAGAGAACAUCCUCUUUGUCAAUUCAGAGUAUGACAUCAAGUACAAUUCAAAAAUGAAGAGAGAUGAGAGAACUCUGAAAAAUCCCGAUGUGAAAGUAGUUGAUUUUGGCAAUGCAACCUUUGAGCACGAGCACCAUACGUCUGUGGUGUCAACACGACAUUACCGGGCCCCAGAGGUUAUUCUGGAUCUGGGCUGGAGUCAUUCCUGUGAUGUGUGGAGUGUGGGAUGCAUUCUUAUCGAGUAUUAUCUGGGAUCAACUCUAUUUCAGACGCAUGAUAGUAAAGAGCAUCUGGCUAUGAUGGAGCGAGUGCUGGGCCCCAUACCUACCCACAUGCUGCAGAAAACAAGGAAAACCAGAUAUGUUCAUCGUGAUAAAUUGGACUGGGACGUGCACAGCUCCUCAGGACGAUAUGUCAGGAAGCAAUGCAAGCCACUGAGACAAUACUUGGUCUCCAGUUGCUCUGAGCACGAGCAGCUGUUUGAUCUUAUAGAGAGGAUGCUGGAGUAUGAUGUCACCAAGCGGAUCACCCUGGAUGAAGCUCUCAAACAUCCAUUCUUCGACUGCAUAAGGAAGAGCAAGUAGUGUUGAUCUCGCUGCUCGUUCUAGUUCCUCUCUGGGAGAGGCAUUGACAGUGACUGUAUCAGUCCUCUGCAUAGAUGAUACACUGCUCUCUUCGCAUUGUUUAUAUUUAUUGUACUUGCUUUUUGGUUGAGGGAACGUGACUUAUUGCUCUUGAGUUGUCCAGUGAUUUUGUUAUUUAUCAUGUACAUGCAUCACAUGACUGAGAUUAAGAUGUAUAACUGAAGAGACUGGGCUUUAGGUUACUAAACUGUUUUGUUUUAUGUUGUUGAAUAUGCUCUCAUAUGUGUAGGAUACUUGUAUAAUUAAGACAGAUUUGUUAGUAGUGAUAUUUGUGAUGUUUUGAAUUUUCAUGAUUUUAAAUAAAAUCAGGUCCUGGUCAAGA